AUGGCCUCGGGUAGCGUUCUGCCCCGAGAUGCCAAUGGUGACAUGGGCCUCGCUAUCCGCGGUGGCGGCGGUGGUGGUGAUGAGGGUGGUCAUGGAGGUGGUGAUGGUGGUUACCCUGGUCAUGGUGGUGGUGAUGGUGGUUACCCUGGUCAUGGUGGUGGUGAUGGUGGCCAUGGUGGUGGUGACGGCGGUCAUGGUGGUGGUGACGGUGACCACGGUGGUGGUGGCUACCCUGGCCAUGGAGGAGGCGGUGGUGGUGAAGAGUCGACGCCAUGCGAGACUACGACUACUCCUCCUCCGACCUCGACUCCGUGCGAGACUACCACCACCCCUCCCCCGGAGACCUCGACUACCCCAUGUGAGACCACUACCACUACUCCUCCCCCGGAGACUUCGACUACUCCAUGUGAGACUACCACUACUCCUCCACCGGAGACUUCGACUACUCCAUGUGAGACUACCACUACUCCUCCACCGGAGACCUCGACUACCCCAUGUGAGACCACUACCACUACUCCUCCCCCGGAGACCUCGACUACUCCAUUCACUUGGGCCACUGUCACCAGCGGAACGUCCACAUAUACCCAGCCAAUUACUCAGACUAGCACUUUGACCAUCACUUCCGUCGUCACUUGCACUGAGGGCUGCGUUCAGCCUACAACCAACUCGGUGAUUGUUCCUCCCUCAAGCCCUGCUCCCGAGCCUACCUCUCCUGCCCCCGAGGUUUCUCCAGUGGAGUCAACCACCGCAGCACCCUCUUCGCCGGUCACUGCGACUGCCCCGGCCCCGGCGGCUACUACUUCUCCUGCUUUUAAUGCUGCCUCCUCUCAAUACAAGAUGUCCCUGGCCGGACUGGUCCCCGGCCUAGCCAUUAUUAUGGCGCUGCUUUAA